UCCGCCGGAAGUCCCGGCUCCCCGUCUCCCAUUGGCCGGCAGGGGGCAGGUGCCUCCGCCAAUUGGUCAGCCGGGCCCUUCCUGCUCGCAACUGAUUGGCCGGUUCUGGCGUCAAUCAGUGCGGGGCAAGCCGCCGCAUUCCCUGCCGGACUGACAACAGUUUCCGGCGGGACGGCAGAGUCCAGAUCGGUCGGUGACCGGCUGGCAUGUUGUAGGGCUGCCCCGCUCCCAGCCACGGCGCCCGGCUACCGGACAGACUCUGCGGAAGGCGUGAAUGGGACGUCCGGACGGGCGGGAGGACUGGGUCGGUCCUCCGAGAAUGCAGAUGCGACGCCUCUUGCCCUCUGUCGGCUCCUCCUUGUGUCGGUCAGCGAGCCCGGAAGUUUCUGUGACAUUGGUUUCUUGUUGACAAUGGAACCAGCAGCAGAAUUGCCAGAGAUUCCCCUUGCGUCCAGUACAGAGCAAGAACUCAAGGGAACAACACCAUCUGCUGGCUUGGAUGGUUCUUGUCCUUCACCAUUUAAUGGCAUUAUUCAAGAAAGUAACCAGGUGCCUUUGAGUCCAGAGCUGAAAGAGCAGGAGCCUGUCCAGUGGAUGGAGUGUCUGAACCCUGAACACUCCAGCUUUUCAAAGGAACUCAAACUUGCUUUGCAAACUGAUCGGCACCUCGUGCGGAGCUAUACGUACACGAGUGAUGACUCUUCUAGCGUGGGUGAGACAUCUCCAUCUUCCAGCACCAACCUAGCUGAAUCUGAUGAACUUCUAUCGGAGAAGAACGAAGGGAGAAUGAUGAUUUGGAUGGGGACGAACAGGCUCCCAGAUGCCAGCCCAUCAGCGAGGAUUGGAGGGGAAUAUCAGGAAAAUGUGGCUGGGGCUGCCUCGUCUUCUGGGGCCCAGGAUGUCAAGAGCAGCCAGCUUAACAUUAAGGCAGUAAGCUCGUCCUCUCGAAAGCUGCCUCGCCUGAAAAAGUGCCAGAGGACCCAGAAACAGAAAGAACAGAUGCAGCGGAUGCGCAGGUCGAGGGAAGCCGUGAUCCGCAGGAACUGCACUCCGCAGUGGAUCGGCAGCUCGAGUGAUGGAGGCUCCAGCAGCAACUCAGAACUUGAUGAGGUUAUAACCUGUGACACUGACCAGACCAACCAUCAGGAACCUCUAGACCCAAUGGAUGAAGAUGAUGUUUUGGUUGUUGAGCCACUACCUGUGUCCACAUUGCCAGUUAGUGAAGAAGUAAACAUCACUUCCAGUGACAGUGAGGUGGAGAUCAUCAAUGUUGUAGAUGAUGAAAGACCGUCAGUGUCCGGAGCAUGGAGUGGUCGCACCAUGAAGAAACUGGCAGCCUCCAGUGUCCAGGCGCCGCCUGGGCACCGAACAACGUCUGCCGAGGUUGUAGACCUUACACUCGAUGAUAAUGAUCCGCUGACUGUACAGGGUGAUCACCCUCUUGAUGACUCCCUCAGUAGUCCUGAAAUUGUACAGCCGGGUUUGCCUGUUGGUUCACCAUCGGGAAUAUCAUUGCCAGUCAACGUCAGUGCAACAAACGUACUGUCUGCAUCGUUCAGUACCACAGCUGCUUGUACGUCCACCAUCAGCUCGGCAACUUCCCACAGGACAUUGGGAGAGAUGCCCAUUACCUCAAGCACUACAAGCCUAAUAUCAACAUCCUGUCAACACCAGAGAACAUCGAAAUAUACCGCCUGCUGUACUCAACGGUGUCUCUGCAGAUCUACGAGGCUGGUGUCUCAUCAGUCCCGCCCUGCCCAAUCGUACUUCCAGCAGUAUCACAUUGGCCAGGGCCAGGUGUACCAAGCACAAUGUUCACAGCCUCAGCACUUCCACUCUCACUCCCAAUUCCUUAACCAGCAAAGCCACCAGACCUGGGCACACCCUGCCUACCCACAGUUUCCACCACUGGGGUUCCAGCACGUUCAGCAGGGCAGUUCACAGUCUGUGUUCAGCAGUGUCAGCUCACGAGCCGGAGAAACCUCUGCCAGCCAGGAGAAUCAGGCUUCUUUAUGUGACCUCACUAACACGGCAGAAGAUGUUGAUGGGGUUGAAGCUGCCCAGAAGAGCAGUGCCCAGGUACCAUCUUGGCACGCCCAGCGUUCCCAGGAGAUGGAAGUGAAUGGAAACCAGCCACCAACUGUUUUGUCACCAAUCCUUUGGCAUUCUCAUGGUUCUCCUCUAAAUGAGGGUAAUGGCAGCAGCUCUGACUCUGCAUUUUCCAAUGCUUUAUCUCGUCCCACACCCUCUACUCAGGCAGCGAGCCAAUCCUGCGAGCCUCCUAGGUCAGCCAAUUACCCCAUUGCCCGACCUGUGCCAUCUUAUCACGCUCGCAUGCAGCAUGGGCUCUUGACCACGUAUAGGCCCACGGCUUCCCAACAGCUUCCAACUCUGCCAACUUCUCAUCAGCCAAUGCCACCUCUACAUUUGGUGCCAUUUCAACAGCCACCCUUGACAGCCACUCCUGUGCUAAUGAACACACCGUUAGUACCGGCCAGUACCCCACCACAGCAGCAGCAACAGUGCUCAGUAUACCAGCAGCAGCAACAGUGCUCUGUGUACCAGUACCAGCAGCAGCAGCAGUGCUCGGUUUAUCAGCAGAGAGGCCCUGAGAUCCAAAGAAACCAUUGGAUGGAGACUGUUAGGGAAGAAAGGGUAACAUCAAAUUUCCCACAGUAUCAUUCUGGUCACGUUCACCUUCAUCGAUACCAGUUGGUACCACCUAGACUACACCUGGUCUCCAUGGCAGCACCUUCUGUUCCUAUGGUAAUGCCCGAUAUUUUCAUUCACCCUCAUUUGCAAGUCUUUCCCCAGCAUGGACUGCGAGGGAUGCAAAGCCAUGUCAUGGUGCAUCGGGGAUAUCAGGACCUACUGCAUUUGGAAGAUCAAUUUAGUGACUUAAACCAUGGAGCGACGCAAAACACCAUUGAGAGAUACACUUUCCUGCACAAGUAUGAAAAGAGGACACUGGAGACCAGUGAGGAGGGGAAAGAAGCAUCUGAGGUUGAGGAGAAAUGUACAAUCUGUCUGUCACCGUUGGAGGAAGGAGAAGAUGUUCGGCGUCUCCCUUGUAUGCACCUCUUCCACCAGAUCUGUGUGGACCAGUGGUUAGCCACCAGUAAGAAGUGUCCAAUUUGUCGAGUGGACAUUGAAGCCCAGCUGCCUGUUGACACCUAAUUAAUCAUUGGGAAUAAAAGGUGUUGGUAUUGAGUUCCUUGAGCACUCUGGGCUUGCAUCUGGAAUCGGCAAGAGUUUGCAGUUGGCUUUGACUGAAAACCAAAAGACUGUCCACCGCCUGGGCCCGUGUACACAACAUAUUGUACAGAAGCCAGCCCUUCUUCCACUGCAGGAAGGACCAUUGCAUCACAGCGGAUCCAACCUGGCUGCAACCACUGUACAUUGUUCCCAGAUCAGCCUUACAAACUGCGGAAACGCCAAAGGAUCAACAUACUUCCUGUUCCAGUUUCCUCCUUGUUUCGUUUUUUUGUUGAGAAGGACGGGCGGUGUUACUGUACACUAACCUGAGUUUCAAAUGUCUCAGAAAUAAUAUUCCAGCUGUUUGCAAAGAA